AUGGACACUUCGAUUCAACUAGAUCACCCAAAGGCCAUCUUCAGCAAUGGCGACCCAAUCACUGGCAAUAUCGUCAUUUACUGCCCUACAAGCAUCACCAAGGUUUCAAAAAUCGCAGCGACAUUAGUUGGUGAGAGUGUACUAUCUUAUACCGACACAAGCGGCUUUUUGAUGGACCGAGAGCAACAAGACAAGCACCGCUUCGCACACGAUCUCCAGAUGAUAUUUCCUUCCCGCCAUGAUCAGAGGGUUUUAGGUGCUGAAAAGUCAGUAAGACUGGGCUUCGGAUAUCACAGCUUUCGGUUUGCGUUACGGAACUUGAACAUCACAGUAUGGCCUAUGGAAACACGUAAUCAGUAUCUCGGCUCCUUGUCCAGGGAAAAUAGCACAUUUUCAUGCGUAAAAACAGUGCAAGCAACCAUCAUGGGUCCAUACGCUCACCUUCCAGCACUACUCAUCUCUCCGACGGAAUCCAUGCAUCACCUCUCCGCGGCCAUCCCUUCAGCUCAGAUAUCAAUAUCAGCUCAUUUUCUGCCGGGUUACUCAAUCCUCCGCAACCGCCACAUGAUGAUACAACUCAGCAUUUCGAAACUCAAUGAGUUUGCAUGCAGCCUCUACCUGCAGUCUUUUCAGAUGCUGUUGGUUGGGUAUACGGAUGUCAAAGCCAAGGGUCCGUCUCUUACGAAUACGCAGAUCUCUUGCUGGACGAUCCAAAGCAUGAGCAACCUCGGUUUGCCUAUACUCCAUUAUUCUGAAAGCGUCGGUACCGAAAAACACAUUGAUAGGAGUCUAUGGGAAGGUGAAGCACUGCCAGAUACCAUUGUCCCAAGUUUUCACUCGUGUGGGUUGGCGAGAAGAUAUGAAUUGGAUAUCUCCAUGGGGUUUCAAUGUCGGGAUACAAAGGAUCAGGCUGGUCGGGUACUAUUGGCUCAAUUGAGGUCACCGGUACACGUGUCUUCUGGGAUACGUCCUGGUCGAAGGCUUGAGAGCGGGGACGAUAAGAAGUCGUUUCUGAACGGAGAGCUGGUACCGAUUAGUAUGCGUUCACAAGACGAUAUGAGUACGCAAGAUGAGAAUCGGCACGGUGCUAUCCAAAGGGUGGGUGCUUACGGCACGUCAAUGGAUCUGCCGCCUUCGUACGAAGAAGCUACCAUAAGGUCUUAA